CAAAAAGAAACCCACAACUCAAUGUCUCUUCAAAAUUUUUUCAAAUUUCUCAAGAAAAUAUCAGUUGAAGUAAGGGGAAGAAAACCUUCAGCACUUCUAGAGGGACUAUGUCGUCAAUUUUCACUAGCUGAGCUCAAAGCUGCCACCAACAAUUUUCAUCAUGAUUUGAAAAUCGAUGUGCUUGGUUUUGGCCCAGUAUACAAGGGCCUCAUUGAUGGCGGUUCUUUGGUUGUCGCUGUCAAACGUUUCUCUAGAGACUCUAGACCAACGGGACAAGCAGUUGGAGCGUUCCAAAAUGAGGCACAGUUGCUCUGCCAGCUGCGCCACCAGAAUCUUGUCUCUCUCCUCGGGUUUUGUCACGAGAAGGGUGAGAGCAUCCUUGUGUUUGAAUAUGUGACCCAUGGGGGAUUGGAUGGUCAUCUUUUUAAAAAUGAUGAUCCCCUCCCAUGGAAGCGGAGACUAGAGAUAUGCAUUGGGGCAGCGCGUGGAUUACACUACCUUCACACAGGUGCCAAGUAUGCAAUAAUUCACCGCGAUGUCAAUCCUUCUAAUAUUCUUUUGGACGAAAAUUGGGAUGUAAAGCUUUCAGAUUUUUGGAUUUCCAGGAUUGGUCCCUCUAGCAUCUCAAAGCCUAAGCCCGACGCUUUGAAAAAAAUGGAGUCGAUUUGUGGUAUACUAGGGUAUAUGGCUCCAGAGUAUCUCAUAAAAGGUGAAGUCAGUGUAAAAAUUGAUGUGUACGCACUAGGUAUUGUUCUGUUGGUAGUAUUGUGUGGUAGGAAGCCAUAUGACAACACGGCAGAAGAAAGCCAUGUGAUUUCCUGGAUCAUUAAAUGCAUAAAAAACGGCUGCGUUCAUGAUAUGAUCGAUCCAUUUCUGAAUGGGAAGAUAGCACCGGUGUGUCUGAUAGAAUUCGUGGAGAUCGCUCUCGGUUGUGUUUCUGAAAAUCCAAAUGAACGGCCUUCAGUGGGAGAUGUUGAGGUAGCCUUAGAACUUGCAUUGGAGCUGCAGGAGAAAGCCGACUUGGUUAUCAAGUCUGACAAUCCACAUGCUGUCUAUGCCUAUAAAGAUGUAUCAUUCCGUGUUUCUGUUGAAGCAAAAAGCUACUGGCCAGCCAACAGUUAUGGUGGAGAGUCACAUGGAGUAUCCGUCUCGGAUGCAGAAUUGGUCUCCGAUGGAGGAGCGGUCUCAGUCACCGAAUCAUGAAUUGAUAGAGAUGAGUUUGGGAAGGGGAAGUCUCUCUGUAAAACCAAUAUUAACUUUUAUGGAUGAAGAGAUUGAUGCAAUUAAAUGGAAUUAACGCAGAAUCAACAUUUUAUUCAAAA